AUGAUCGACGUCUCUGAGAGCCGACCGCGCGGAAGAGACAAAGAAGUCAGAGAAACUCUCUCAUAUCAUGAAAAGUUGAAUAUGUAUGCGGUGAUAACUACAAUGGUUCUGUACAUCGCUUCCGUCGUGCCUAUAUGUUAUUGGAGAACUCCUGAUCUUAUUUCGAGUGUAUACUUAAACUAUUUUAUCGCGUUGGCUAUUGUCUUUGCAAUCAAUAUCUGUAGCUUGUGUGCCAACCGUGUCUCGACAGCAUUUUGCGCGGGAACAAUAGUUACCAACUUUACGAUUAUUUUUUAUUUACAAGUCAUGGGUUCGCGACGUAUCGAUAAAAACAAGAACACAAAUGAUUUCAAUGUCGGUGGUGGAGGUCUCUUUCUUAUUCCACUUUUUAGCUACAUCUUGUUGGGACGUAAAUUCGCAAGGGUUACUGCUGUAUUCAUGCUUCUUCUUUUUGCGAUUGAAGCAUUUUGGCCCAUGACGACUAUGCCAGAUGAAGAGAUGCCGGAAUUGCAAAUCAUUUCUCUGAUCAUUUCCAUCUUAAUGUUUUUUAUAUCUGCCGCUUUUUCCGGGGAACGAGACAUCUUGUCAGGACUCAGAAUGAUCAAUGUAGAAAAUCAGACGAGAAAAACAUUCUUGCAAACAAUUAGUCACGAAAUUAGGACACCCAUACACGGGAUUUUGGCAAAUUCCGAAAUACUGUGCAAAACUCCAAUGUCAUCUGCGCAGUACGCACUUACUCUGGCAAUUCAAGAUGCUUGCAUGAAUGUUUUUGAUAUGGCUGAUCAUGUUUUACACCUAGCUGAGGAAAGUACAUGCAUAAUGCAUUAUAAAAGCUCAUUAAUAGGUGUCGAUUUGUUAGCUACCGAAUCCGAGAAAUUCGACCUUUACUUAGUGACGGAACGAAUCAGUGAUGGAAUGGACAUUCUUUUUGAAGUGCAAGGGGUCGAUUUCGAUUUCGACUAUCAAGUGCCAUUUUCACAGUCAAUCUAUGUUGGAGUUCCUGGUGCGAUAGAAAAAGCAAUAAUCAAUUUAAUGGGAACUUUGUUAAACGUUUUUCUGACCGGGAAACUUUUGUUCACCGUGAAACCCCGAGAAACCUCAGCAGGAAUAAGUGAUGAAUCACGUGUUUCUCAUUUGAUAUUUGAGAUCACAGCGGCUGGGAACCUAACAAACACGGAUUUUUCUCAAGAGAAUUAUGAGAUCAAGUUUAUCAAUACAUUGACCAAUGCACUUGGCGGCACCUUCACGCCUACAUUCUCCCUAAAGGAUUGGAACACAUCGACUUCCUCAAUCACUUUUACAAUUGAACUUCCAAUGAAAUCUGGAAUAGAGGAAUGUGAUCAAAGCGGCAACGUCAAACCUCUUCCAUUACGUUACGUCAAAGUACAAGCUCAAGCCGAUGUCGAUCACUUGAAAGUUGAUGUAAUUCGAUCCGACGAAGAAUCUAGAACUGUAAAAAGAGUCAUCGCCUUUCUUAAUGAGUUCGAAAUGCGGUCCCAAAUUUAUACUUUUCACGAUGUCAUAAAAUUAGAUGAAGCUAACACAAUUAUUCUUGAUUUGUCGGGUAUCCGCGUCGAGCAAAUUUCCAUCAUUUUCAAAAUCGCUAAAGAGAAUGAUAUCUUUGUCAUUUGUCUCACAUCACUUCUGAGACAUGUCGAAAUUUCAGAAAAAAUCGAAUUACUUGAUAGUGAAGUUUAUUUUAUUAAUAAGGUAUCGGUUUGUUUUAUGUCAUGA